UUCCUUUUGCAUGCCUUAUUUCUAAUGGAGUAUAUAAUAUUUAAAUAACCAACUGAAUAUAAGAAAAAAACUUAUGUUGUGUGGUUUUUGUAGGGUUUUUGACCGUGCUCUGCAAUUUUCAGCUAUCUUUCACCAAGCAAAUAGCAAUGGCGAAAGCAAUAUCAAGAAAUCUACACAUUCGCUAUCUCUAUAACUCCAUUUGUUCAAGGAAGCCUUCAUUUCAUCUCUUACACAACGUUUCAAAUGCUCCCACCACCACCAAAUCUUUACCCCUUUCUCCAUUGGCUAUCCGUCUGGAUCGAUUGGAAAAUGGGUUCAUUUGUUACAGGUUUCUGUGCACCUCAAGUUCGAGUAAUCAAUCAAAUUCCGGGUCUGGGGGAUCUUCUGCCGGAGCAAAUUCAGGGUCUGGUGGAUCUUCUGCCGGAGCAAAUUCUGGAUACAGCGAGAGUUCUGGUGGUUCUCAGAAGACUGAACAGGGAAAGUCUAUUCGGGGUAGUCCUGUUUCAUGGAUGAGCUUCUUUCUACUUGUUUGCACUGGAGCAGGAUUGGUAUUCUAUUAUGACAGGGAAAAGAAACGGCAUAUUGAAGAUAUCACCAAUGCCUCAAAUUCUGUAAAGCAAGGACCUUCAGUAGGAAAAGCAGCCAUUGGUGGUCCAUUUAGUCUUAUUGACCAUAAUGGAAAACCAGUAACUGAGAAAGACUUCUUUGGCAAAUGGACAGUUGUAUAUUUUGGUUUCACUCACUGUCCAGAUAUAUGUCCAGAUGAGCUACAAAAACUUGCUGCUGCAGUUGAUAAAAUUAAGGAAACGUCUGGAAUUCAAAUAGUACCUAUAUUUAUCUCAGUUGAUCCAGAAAGAGAUACGGUUGAGCAAGUAGGCGAAUAUGUUAAAGAGUUCCACCCAAACUUGAUUGGCCUCACUGGUAGCCCAGAAGAGAUAAAGAAAACAGCACGUGCUUAUCGAGUUUACUAUAUGAAGACAGAAGAAGAGGGCUCAGAUUACCUUGUUGAUCACUCAAUAGUCAUGUAUCUUAUGGAUCCUAAGAUGGAAUUUGUGAAGUUUUUUGGGAAGAACAACGACGUCGACAUGCUUGCUGAUGGAAUAAUUAAGGAGAUAAAGCAAUACAAGAAAGUCAAGGCAUAAUACUCUUGGAAAGGUCUAGCUGUUGCUAGAGCAUUGAGCAUUGCAUUCGGUUAAAAUUUGUGUACACAGUAAAGAAAUUUUGAGUACUCAAGGUCUUUAUACGAUAUUUGAUUUUUCUUUUGAUAUCCAGCUUUCAUUUAUUUGAAGAAAACACUGUUGCAUUUUGAUGGUAUACCUUACUCCCAAAUUAGGAUUAUACUUGGCUCUGUAAACUAUUUUUUAGUUUACUGGCAUAACCCUUGGCAACUAAGUAAACGACGUUGUUUUCAAUAAUAUGAGAUUGAUACAAUACAA